GCAUGUGCCACGUUGUCUAACAGUUGUUGAAUCAAACCCACAUUUGUUUCCUUUUUGAGGAGCAACAGCAGGGGACAUCUGAUCUGAGCCAUGUCUGGACUGAACGCAUCCCUAGGAUACUUUGUGGCUGUUGUGAUUUUUGCAGCCUCAGUUCGAACGCUCGUUAGAAAAUGGCCUCGUUUUACCUUCAUCUUGGAGUUUGCCUCAUCCUUCAUGCUGGUGGCAUGCUGGCUGGAGGUGCAGACCAUUGUAGAGGUGGGAGAGUGGGCUGGGGGCUUGGGUCCUGAUGUGACUGUGACCAUGCUGUUUGUGUUGCUGCUGACCCACGGUGUGAUCUGUGGUGGCACGUCAGGGAAUCCCACCCUGGCUGUGCAGGGAUUCCUGCAGCUGGAGGCCACCACCCUGCUCACUCUGCUCGCUGUUGUAGCCCAGUUUCUCGGGGCCCAUCUGGCCCUCCUUGUGGCUGUAUACUACUGGGGCCUGGAGCUGACAGACAUGCACAUGAUCAAAAACCUGAUGGCUAGAGAGUGCAGCACAUCUCUGCUGGUCUCUUUGCUUCAGGGUUUUUUCACAGAGUGUGUUUGUGCGCUCAUCUUUCACCUGGUCCAUCUAAACCUGCGACGCAGGUCUGCUUUGAUCAGGGUUCCUCUGAUCGCUGUCCUCCUCACAUUCCUGUCCCAUACAGCCAGAGGCUACACCUCAGCGUACAUGAAUCCAUCUCUGGCCUACGGCCUCACCUUCCACUGUCCUGGAUUCACCUUCACAGAGUAUGCAGUGGUCUACUGGCUGGGUUCUCUCACGGGAAUGACUCUGGCUCUUCUCUUGUACAUGGGACACAUCCCGAGGAUUUUCGCCAAGAACCUGCUUUAUUUCCAGAAGACACGAUUCAGAGUGCCAAAAGCAGACAAAGCAGAGAAGAAGAAGCAGUGAGAGAAACUACUAGAAUCUUCCCUUUUAGCUAAGUACUUGACAACAAACGGCAAAGAGACGUUUACGUCAACUUAAUAAGUCUGUGUAGACAACCUAAAACAUUCGACCAAAGUAAUCCUAACUGAAAUGAAUGUACCUUUUCCAUCCUUGUCUGCUGUUUUAAAUGAUCAAUAAAGUUUUUCAUUUGUAACAAAACCA